AUGGCUGAUACAUCAGAUAGUUGGGCUACCAUUCGCAGGGACCUCGACAGGCUAGAGAAAUGGGCAAACAAGAAUCCCAUGAAGUUCAAUAAAGAGAAAUACCAAGUCCUGCAUUCGGGGAGGAGUAACCCCAUGCACCGGUACAGGGUAGGACCUGACUUACUGGAAAGCAGCUUUGCAGAGAAGGAGUUGGGGGUCCUGGUGAACAAUACAUUGAAUAUGGGACAGCAACGUGCCCCUGUGACAAAGAAGGCCAAUUAUGAAGAGCGUUGCCAAGCGGGACAAGGGAGAAGUAUAUCUGCUGCCCUGACUACUACUGACUGUGUGCAUUUGAGGGAACAAUGUACAAAUGCUGCAAAUGGAUGUGAGGGUGUCUGGAAUGUCGUGGAAGAUGUCUGCAAUAUUUCAGGUAAUAGAUGCAAGGCAGAAGACGCCAUUGGCUGUAAUAGAAUCAUCCAGGUCCUGGCUGACAAAUAUCCAGUAUUUAAAAACUGCAUCUGCACUACAGAUGGUUUCUGUAGCAUCACAGUGCUGCUUGAGAAACAAUGUAGCAUUAAUAAAGAGUAUUUGGAAACUUCCUCAAGAUCAGAUCCUGAACUGACUUUCAGGCAACACAGAACUCCCAAAGACCAGAGACACCCAGAUGAAUUAGAGAAUGACUGCAGUGUUGCAAAGCAAAGCUGCCGAGAGGACCCUUACUGUUUUUUGGUGUAUAAGAACUUCCAGCGAGUAUGCCAGGCAGACGUGGUGAAAUGCAGGCUCCAGACGGCCAUGCAGCAGUGUUUGUCAGCGUGGAAAGAGCUGAGGAAAACAGCGCUGGGAAAGUGCAAGUGCUCAGAGCCACUUCAAAAGAGAUGUGUUAAAAUAUGGAAGGGAAUUUUUAACAACCCUUGUUUACAAUACUCUCAGGAGAAUCGAGCUUCAACAUCUAGUGAAGAUGAUGAUGAUGAUGGUGGUGGUGGUGAUGACGACGACGAUGAUGAUAAUGUUCAUGAUGAGGAAAAUCAGGACACUGACACAGAUAAUGUUAGUAUGGAAGCUAAACUACAAUGGAAUUUAUCUGCCCUCUCCAAGCAAGAAUACACCGCAAACAGAACCUGUUUGGAUGUGAACAAAGAGUGUGUUGAAGACGAAGUAUGUAAUAAACAGUUGUCCCUAUACCUAAAGGUUUGCUCAGUAAAUAAAAAGUGCAACAUGAAAGAAUGUCAAGCAGCCAUAAGAUUCUUCUAUCAAAACAUGCCUUUUGAAGUUGCCCAAACCAUGACCUUUUGUGAUUGUGUCCAGCCUGAUGAAUCUUGCCAUAGAGCUAAAGAACUUCUUCAUGGCAAGCCCUGUGCAGUGACUGCAAUUCCUGCUCCGUCAUGUCUAAAUAUAAUUCACACGUGUGAAGAGAAUGAACUGUGCAGCAAACAAACCAAGAGGCAAAGAGACACUUUCAGUCCUAUGCAAGCUGUUCAGAUUGACAUCAGUGGGAAUUGCCCAUUUUUAUAUCAAGAAGAUUUGGGCUACAAAUAUUGUCUUGAAACUUUAAUCAAGGAUGACAUGCCCUGUUCUGCAAAUGCUGACUGCAAAGCAGCUUACAUUAGCAACUGGGGCACGAUGCUGCGCAUGGAGUGUACCUGCCACAACUUACCUCCCACCAAGCAGUCUUUAUGCAAGCUCUUCCAUCACAUGCUUCAUAGCAAAUCCUGCGUCAGUGAGUUACGUCAAAUCUCAAUUAAGAAACAAGAUUUCCAUUGGGUAAAUACCGGAAGAGCAGGAGAAAAGCUUUCCAGAGCACAGCUACAUUCUUCUUCAAUUAACGCUAUCCCUGAAGUGGGCAGUCUGGGAAGGAUAAAAAUAAAUCGUCAUGACUGGGAUUCCUGA